AUGGCCACGUUUCUGCUCUUGCUCAUACUUGCCCUCGCCGCCGGCAGCAGCAAGCACGGAGGAGCAGCUCUAGAUGGCAACGGGGACGAAACCCAUCGGACCCACGACGUCUCCUUAGCCGGCUUCACCAACGGAGGCGGCGACUGGCAGGCUUUCCCAGGCCUCGCUCACCUGUUCCCGACGUCCACGCCCCUCCCGUUCGGCAGCAGCUACGACGACCUCAUCGGCGGCCUUGCCAACCUGCCGAGGGUGCCCCUGGGGCGGCAGGCCAUGGCCGACACCGCCCGGGUGCUCUCCGCCUACGACCCGUCUGCGGCCACGGUCGCCGACGUCGAGCCAGUCAAGCGCGCGCUGGCAGCGCUCAAGGUGAUGCUAGGCGAGGCGCAGCGGCUGCAGCCCAUCCACGAGACCAUCGUUCGCGGGUGGGAGAGCGAGUGCCGCGUCGCGCCCGAGCACCUGCCCUACAUCGACCACUGGGACACCAUUUCCUACGAGAUCAUCUGCGCCAACCGGACGGGCAAGUGGAACGGGCCCUUCGCCAAGAUGCUGGAGACCCAAGCCAACAUCCGCAGCCAGGAGGAGGCGCUCGCCGUCGUCCGGGUGCUGCUCCAUGCCGACUUUGAGCAGGUGCUCGAGGCUCACGGCACCAAGAUCAACUUCAAGUAA